AUGUCGCAUGCUCUCCAGCCCUUUGUCAGCGAAGACAUUGAGAAUGGCGAUGAGCAGACACCGGAAACAGCUGCAGAGCAUCGGCCAAGUUGCAAGCGGGCAGCGGGUGGAGUUCUCCUACUCAUGAUUGCUGGCUGCAUGGGUUUGUGGAUGGGGGGACGAGCCUGGCAUUUCGAUCCUCCUCACACCCUCCAUGGCCCCGACUUCAUCAACUUCCAGAGCGUUCGUGCCGAGGACGAGUUCUUGAACCUGGGCCCGGGAUCGGUGUGCCGAGGGGACAAGGUCGAUGCCCACCUGGGGCCCACCGGCAGCGAGGGAAUGGUGUUGUCUAACACGAACCCGAAGAAGGAUGGAGUGAGCCCUGAAAAGUGUGAGGAGCGUUGUGCCGAGUGGUCGGACUGCAAGGGCUACGAGCUCGGCCCUGAAAAAGAGCAGCGCUGCGAGCUUUGGGUUGGGCUUACCCACCAUGAGGACCUCUUUGAGCAUAACACGGUCUACAACAACAGCAAGGCUUUGAAGAUGCACGAGGAGCAUUCUCCUCUCGCGGAGUAUCACUGUGUCCUCAAGGUCAGCCAUAAUUCCUUCACCAGCCAAUUCGACCGCCUUGCGGAGGGCUGCAAGAACGACAUGGUUGAGCAGCACGCGCAUGUUCUGCGAGGCCGUCAUGCGAACUUCUCGUUAACCUGCGAGAGCGAGGUGGGAGUACCAGGCCAUCUUCACUGGCACCCCCACCAAUGUAUUUCCAGACGCAAUAAUUCAAUUAUUAACGCCACAAAGAGGCUUGACCAGCUGAUGCAAAAUUGCGCGAAGCCCGGGGUUAAUUGGUUGCUGAUUGCCAUCGUCGUGGCUUGCGUUCUCGGACUCGGGGCCCUCGGGGCCAUGAGUCAACAUCCAGCUGUACAGGCGAAGAUCUUUGGUCCGGCCGACACGGGUUUGCCAAACCUCAUGGGGUCGCAGCCUGCAGGCAAAGGCCCCCGAGAUGCAGGGACUGGCUACAAUCCCGUGGACAACUAG